GACACAAUCUGCCCACAUCAGCUUGCACAGCCUAACCCUCCUUCCAUUCCCCCAUCAGCACUUACUUUCAAGUCAUCCCCCCCCACCCCCUCCCAUAACUGUAAAAACCACCACCAUUACCACCAAUUUUCUUGCCAAUUUCUUGCACCAUGGCUGCCUCUGCUGCUGCAGCUGUAGGCUCUUCUUUCUCUCCCUCAUCAAUUCACACCCUCAAAUGCAUGCAUGUCAAGCACUGCCCGUUUGAUCAAACUCUCCUCAAAGUCUCACCAGUUCGCAUCAUGUUAGCCACGUUAUCUCGCUCGAAUUAUGUUAUAGAACCACUUUCACAAGUUGCAGCCUCAUGGAGGGUGCCAAGAGUAUCUGCUGAUGUUGCUCAAGAGGAGGCACCCGCAACUGCUCCUGCGGUGGAAGAAGAGGAACUGGCCUCAGGAGAAACAGAAGGAGAAGCUGAUCAGGUCCCUGUUAAUACCAAGCUUUACUUUGGGAAUUUGCCAUAUAAUGUUGACAGCGCACAGCUUGCUGGGAUGAUUCAAAAGUAUGGUAGUCCAGAGAUGGUUGAGGUUCUCUAUCACAGAGAAACUGGAAAAAGCAGAGGUUUUGCAUUCGUGACAAUGAGUAGCAUUGAAGAUUGUGAGGCAGUCAUUGAAAAUCUCGAUGGAAGCCAAUACAUGGGUCGCAUCUUAAGGGUGAACUUUGCAGAUAAACCAAAACCUAAAGAACCAUUAUAUCCAGAAACAGAAUACAAACUUUUUAUUGGAAAUUUAUCUUGGUCAGUAACGUCUGAAAGUUUGACACAAGCCUUUCAAGAAUAUGGUAACGUUGUUGGAGCACGGGUUCUAUAUGACGGGGAGACAGGAAAAUCCCGUGGUUAUGGUUUCGUAUGUUACUCAACAAAAGAAGAAAUGGAAACAGCCCUUCAAUCUCUUAAUGGAGUGGAACUGGAGGGACGAGCAUUACGUGUAAGCUUAGCUGAAGGGAGAAAAUCAUAAGAUGGAGAGUGGAAAAGGUGCAGAUUUGAGAAAAGAUGAUCAAUACUGAUAGCACCAAGAAAUGGAAGGAAACAGUAGUUAAUUUUACUAUUGCAAUCACUUGGCAACCUGAGAUUCUCUUCUCUUUCAUGUCUAUUGUGUUUGCCUGAUCUUCCACUUCUGAUUGAUGAGUAGAAAGAAGUUCCUUAUAAAAUUUGUCAUGGUUUUGGUAAGGCUAUGAAUAUGCUACGAUAAACAGAAAAAAUCUUUCUUGGCUGCUGGGAACUGAAUAGAGCAGAUGGGAAAAUCGUCAGAAAGUGUUGUUAAUUUGGCUGCAAUUUCUCUCAAUUUUAACAACAUUUUAGUUUAUUCAGUUGGAGCUUAUAUCUUAAUGACAUUCUAUUGUUCUGCUUCUGAU